GCCAUCGGCCACAGAAGUGAUCCGAUCCCAUUCACCAUUGGGUGGUCACCUCCGAAGCCACACUCUUCGAUAGGUGCCCCCAUUCAAACAAAACCUCCAAUAAUCUUCAAAUCCUUUCCUCCCGGGACUGCUCAGCACGGUCGUAUGCUGUACCGGGCCACCGUCGUCGACUUCGAGGUCCAAAAGCUUAGUCAAGAUCGCAAGGUCCCUGGCAGGCGCCGAUGCCACAUACAUAUAUUGAGGAUGGGGAGGCACAUGCCUCACACCAAUCCUCCACCUUCAUUCCUGAUAAGAUGGCUCCGGCGCCACCUCAACCUCAUCUCGACACCUUUGCUCAGCCUCCCUCCAACACUCAAGGUCGCAUCAAGGUACGUCCUCUAAGCCAACCACCCAACGUCGCUUCGCCAAGAAACAACUGCGCAGGGCAGUCGAUCACUACUCGAGCUGGACGACGAGCUUCCAGUCUAGCUCUGAUUCCCCACAAGGUCAACGAGGCCUCCGGCACUAUGAGUCCAGAGCAUAGCUCUCAUCCUUCGAACGAGUCGUUAGCCGAACCUCGCAGAGGACGCUCCCUCAAUCGCUCCUCUCGAAGAGAAGAGAUGCACACCAGAGGCCGUUACAGCAUAUCUCCAGCACGCAUUCGACGUCUCCCACCCACCAGCCUACAGCUGACCAAAAUGAACGACAACGAAGAAGCCAGCUUCCGCUCCUCAGAUAGAACGCCAUCGCUGUAUCAGACUACCGGUGACAGCAUCGUCGAUGAGCUGCUUGCUUCCUCGCAAGAAAGCAUUGAGCGCGACUCUUCUGCUCAAAUGAUGCGAAUCCCUCGAGUGCCUACUACAGCACCGGCACAUUAUGCCGUCGACCCCCUCAAGCCCAGCGUCGACUCAGUUCCUGCCACUCAACCAGUCAGGUCGCACCAUGUACAUCCAAGUGUUCAAGACCUGGGCGACAUGGAUUGGACUCCCGAAGUCGAGCCUAGGACCUCGAUAUUCCGUCAGCUUCCUCUUCGUGCGCGCACAAGCUAUCCGCCGCAGAGCGCCAGCGCUUUGACGACUUGGGGCCCUCUGCCGCAGCAGCGACACCCUCAACGAGAGCGAGACUCCGUGCCCCAGCUGCCGCCUUACACCAACCACCUUCUGCGGCGUUAUGCCAGCGCACGAUGUGCCCGUACCUCAGCGUUUCGCAGUCCAGAUUGCUCGAGAGGCGUUUGGCUUGGCUUCUCUGAUCUUGAUCGCUCCAAUGACCGCCGUCGUCAGGGGCAUGACAAGCACCAAAGUGUCGACUUCUUGUAUUCGGUGCCGUCCUUCUUGGAUCGCUCCAAAGCAUCGACUUCGCCAUCUUCGCCAUCGACUUGUCGCCACACAUCGAGAGCUUCCGUGGUACCAACCAUUUGCGCUUCUCGUAUGCCGCAUGGUCAGCGCCGUCACACUACCUUCGAUUUUGCUGCACGCCAAGAGCACGGUUUCACCAAGCGACAGACAGGGGAGAGCGUUCAUUCCACACCUCUCACGCACAGCGUUGCGGACUUCACCGGGCGCAACCGCUCGAGUACCAGCUCAGCACGAGCUACCAAGUUGCAGAUCGGAUUCAGCCCGACAAUUGCUGUCAAAGUCGAUCGUUCGCAGGCGUUGGGAACGAUCAGCACUGCCGAAGAGCGCGCUGAGCCCACGCCAAAUGGCGCUACCCCAGCUACAGAUGCUCGAGGCCGACUGACCGCAUGCGCAUGUGGUGAUGGCGACUGUGCUGCAUCCCGUCGUCGUCUCUCAGAACCACCGGCCUUCGCUCGCACACCACCAUCGCUCUGCAUGCAGUCUGCUUCGGAUGGGGUGAAUGCUGCGCAACGCCGUUCGGACCACGCAGUUUCUCUCUCUCUCGGCAUCGAAGGCCAUCAGAGCAAUGGGAGCAGCGAUGCAGAGGCAAAGGCGCCCACCGUUUCUUCUACGCAACAAGCUGCUUCUGUCUCAACGGCAUUCCUAGCAGCUGAUGACCGUACGACUACAGUCAGCGCUGCCGUUCCUAUCAGUGCUCCAGGGCGUCGUCAGCUAGAGCUCUUUGCGCACACUUCAUCCGACCGUCAGGUAUUUGCGCGUCGAAGGGCCGGACUAGACGACGACUCGUCGAUAAUUGCCAAUACUACCACCCCGUCCGACCGUGAAAGCGAUGUCUUCGGCAAUAUCAACCCAACCGCUUUCUGCGAUGAGAAACGAGCUCUCGCCGGUCCAAAUCGCAGAGGCGCUUCCGGUGACCGUCUCCUCGAUGUGGGCGCUAGUCAAGAUGUUUCAUCCUGGUCCGCAUCAGAAGCUCGCGCUUUAUCCCUCAGGAACCGCUUUGGAUUAGGCCAAACUACGCUCGCCUCGCCUCACGUCGAUGCAGACUUCGUCAGCCUUGCAGCUCUCUGCGCAAUGUUCGAGCCCAGAGCGGCUCCUGCUUGGCGUGUUCCUGGCUCGAUGACUGAGUGCAGCGUGGGCGCGAACCGCUCGGCAACACAGCGACUCGAUGCGAGCGCACAGCAAGUACAGCGCCCCACCUUGCCGCCCACCUCGCUCAGUCCAUCCAAACGCAAUCACGGGACGACUGAAAUUUCGGACCCCAACGACUCGACGGACGGCAGCCGGCGCUGUUCCAAGAAUCACACUGUCUAUCCUCAUCAACAUCGCAAGUCCAUCAGCUCCCUCGACUCUCCAUCGAUUCUCGAUCCACUCGUGGUCGCUGGCGAAGCUCCAUUCCUCAUUGUCACCGAAUCAUCAGCACCUUCGCCACCGCAAACGCACAAUCAUCUGCAGGCUACUCGACAUCACCGCUCAACAAUCUCACAUCAUCAUUCUCACCUCAUCAUCAUCAUCAGCACCGUCGCCAGCACUCCCUCAAGUCUAUUCGAUUAUCAGAAUAAGAUCAGAAUCACAUUUGCCCGUCUUGACACUCCGUAAGAGCGAAUCUGCUCCUCGAAACGAAAGCACCCUUCUUCAUCAUCUCGCCUCAUGACGAUCAUCUGCUUGCAGUCCGUGACCUGUCAUGCGUUGUAAGAGCGCUCCCCGGCUCAUGUCCUUUCGCUCGACCAU